AUGAAAGAAUCAGCCGGAAAAAAAAACCUUGUUGAACUUGACUCUAGUCCGACUUUGGAAUCCGGAGACGCGAUGGAGACCUCAAAAGAGUUAUCUUUUUUGUUUAACAAGAAGUUUUUGAAAGAAAUUACUUACAAGUUGUACCCACUUGGUUUCUCGGGUGUUAAUUUUGGGCUCCUCUGGAGGUGCCCAAAAAUAAUCCGGCUGAAGAGGGCUGAUUUGUGGACGAAUAUACCCUUCGUUAUCCCCUUUUCCCACCCCCAAGCCUCGUUGUUUACCAUUUGUGUUGCCGCCCUUUUCUGGUAUGUGGAAGAUAGGGUUUUGGUGGCGAUUUGGGGGCGAUUUGGUCGAUAUUUGCUUGUGCGAACUCAGGUUUUGGUUACUUUUUUACGUGGAGGUUAUAGUUGUGUGUUGUGGCAAGUUUUGGCCUAUAUUGGUUUCGUUUGGACCUGGUUAUGGUUGGGUUUUGUAGCAAGUUUUGGCCCCUGUUGGUUGGGUUUAUUAGAACUGCGUUUUGUGGUCUGUUUGUUUGAAGAAACUAUAAGAUUUCGUUGUGUUUGUGGCUGCAUUUGUGGGUUAAAACUGGAGGUUUUUACAAUGGCAAGAUUAAGCAGAACAGAAAUUAGGAGAAGAGAAGAGGAAGAGGCAUUUAUUGCGUUAAACAUGUACAUUCGUGCUGCAAUGGGCGUGUUUCGGCUGUAUUGCUUCAUUCUGUCGACGGCACAGUAUCCCCGUCCCGAGUUGUCUCCAAAUCCAAACUACUACCAGACCCAAGUAGAUGCCGUGAAUAGGCUUGUCCAUGGUAAUGAAGUAGACUGCCACGAGCAGUUGAGGGUAAAUAGGCAUACAUUUUUUAGGUUGUGCUGUCUACUUCGAGGUGUUGGGUUAGGAGACUCGCGCAAUGUUUGUCUUGAGGAGAGGGUAGCGAUUUUUUUGUUUAUCCUCAGUCACCAUACAAAACAGAGGCGUACGAAAUUGCACUUUUGGAGAUCGACUGAAACUGUGAGCAGACAUUUCAAUGUCGUACUCCAAGGUGUGUUGCGCCUUUUUGACAUGCUCCUAGUAAGGCCAGAGCCCGUACCUCCUAACUACCACGACAGUAGAUGGAGUUGGUUUCAGAAUUGUCUCGGGGCAUUGGACGGGACGUACGUGCCAGUUAAUCCCCCAGCAGUUGACAGGCCACGCUAUAGGUCAAGGAAAGGUGAGAUUGCCACAAACGUUUUAGGUGUAUGUAGUCGAGACCUAAACUUUGUCUUCGUCUUGUCUGGUUGGGAGGGGUCGGCCACUGACUCUAGGAUCUUGGCCAACGCCAUUUCAAGACCCGAUGGUUUGAGAGUCCCCCGUGGACAUUACUAUCUUGUCGAUGCCGGCUACCAAAAUUCCGAGGGUUUUCUAGCUCCUUACCGCGGGCAACGAUAUCACAUUAACAUUUGGAGGCAAGGUCACAUGCCAACUACGAAAGAGGAGUACUUCAACAUGAAGCACUCCGCUGCUAGGAAUGUGAUUGAGCGAAGCUUUGGUGUGUUGAAGAUGCGGUUUGCAAUAUUGAGAUCUCACUCGUAUUACCCUAUUAGGACUCAAACACGUAUCGUCACAGCAUGUUGCCUUCUCCAUAACCUCAUCAAGAGAGAGAUGCCCAACGAUCCCAUUGAGAACGAGUACACGGCAUGGGAACGUGAUCACAUACAUGAUAUCGAGGCAGAUGAUCACAUCACUACCUUAGAGACUUCAAAUCAAUGGACCGGGGAGAGGGAUGCGUUGGCUACAGCCAUGUACAACCAUUGGCUCGGGAAUGGGGGGGGACAAGAGGUUUUUCCACCAUGA